AUGGAAAUGCAAGGUUUAGCUGGUAUCUGCGUUGGUCUAGGCAUCCCUGAAGAAGACGACAGCGGAAAUCGAAUUGGUUAUACUAAGGGCGAUAACUGUUCUGAGAACUUAAAGGAUUUGUUGAGAUUUUUGAGGCGCGACGAUCCGCAAACACGAGGAGUAUUUAAGCAAGUGUGUAAAUGGAAUACUGUGGCUAAAGAUUUGAUUCCGAUUAUUCAGUACUGUCAAGAUGAUCGUAACUUGGUCUUAAAUGCAGUUAAGGUUCUAGUGUUUCUUACGAUGUCAAUCGAGCCAUCUUCGGGUAGUAUCCCGCAACAAGUAGAGUAUUUAUGGGGUUUGAAGGCUGCAAUUACUUGUAGUGAUACGAUUCCGGUGGUUGUUUCGCUUCUUGAAGGCCCACUGGAGAAUUUGGACCGUGGGGCUUUUACUGAGGAUGACUGGAAAUUGGUUCAGUUGGUGCUGACGUUGUUUAGAAAUAUUCUAGCAAUUCAAGAUUUUUCGAUGUUGCAGAAAGUUGGGGAAUCGGCAAGUCAGUUUUUGUCGCUAAGAGACAAGUUUUUGGAACUUUUGUUCCAUGAGAAUGUAAUGGACAUUAUUCUAGUUAUAACUCAGAAUAUAAAGGGCUCAUGCAGUUAUUUUCUUCACGACAACUUGCUUUUAUUAGAAAUUUUCCAUUGCAUUUUCAUGGGUCAAGAGCCAGAGUUGAUUGUUAAUGCCCGUGUAAAGGAUUCCAAGGUUGGUGGAAGCAGCAAUACUUCUCUUGACAGCCUCAAGUCCAUUAUGAAAGAAGAACAACAAAAAAAAAUGAAGCUUUCCAGACAACGAAAUGUGGUCCGUCAUUCACAAUUUAGUGGAACCUUUACACGGCUUACCAUGGAUGGUUCUAAAGCAGUAUACAAAGGAAACCCUGAUUCUGCCUCUCAGAUUCUACUCAAACCUCAUAAAGCUCAAAAGGGUCCCAGUAAAAAGAUUUUGUGGGACCAUGGGAGUUUACCUUCAAUGAAGGAUAAUAUUUUGGAGCUACUGCAUGAUUUUCUGAACCAGUUUCUAUUAGGAGGUUACAAUGAUUUGAUGGAGUCGAUCCGUGAAGAUAUUGAGAAGGAGCAUCAUGCUAUUCAAAACAGCGACGUUGUUGUUUUCUUUCAGGUUGCUCAGUUUGUUACUUCUUUUCAAUAUUACAAGUAUUUUACUUCCAAGCCAAAUAAGGAAAAGGACAAUUCUCAAGCCUUCACUGAUGAGUAUGCUGAUAGCACAUCAUUCAAAGGAUAUAUAUGUGGACCAAUUGCAGCAUCAAUGAAUGAAUCAAUGUUUCUACUGGUCAUUUCAAGAUGGCAAAAUGCUUUUGAAGGCCUGAAGGUGACACAUGAUUAUAAGUUUCUGUCCGCAGCUGGUGCUCUUAUGAGAAUUAUGGUAAAUCAUACCUAA